AUGACGUCUAGUGAGCCCCUAUUCAUGCACGAGCAGCGCUCAAGCAUGGUCAAGCUUGAGGCUGCUGGGCUCGAACUCCUCGGUCCAUGUCCUCCUCACCUAGGAGAGGCGUGGGUUGACAUCCCGUUGCCCAACAACCGAUCAAAUCGAACGAAGAUAGUCUGGCCUCGACCGUCGGAUGGACUACCCCUUCAGUGUCCCCUAGUAAUCUAUUUCCACGGUGGUGGCCUCUCGACAUGCAGUCCUGAUCUGGUCUUAGCACCAGCCCGCGGAUUUGCAACCCUUUUGUCUUGCGUGGUGGCCUGUCCAACAAUUAAUCAGCUACCCAUGGAGCCGUUUCCAGAACCUCUAAGAAUUGCCUGGGAAGUCUGCGCAUGGAUGUCCGAGGUGCGAAACUUGAACGAUGGAGCGCUCAAAGAUACUGGGGUCAGUGUUGACCCGCGCCGUGGCUUGGUGGUCGGUGGUCUCAGCUCGGGUGGCGCUGCAGCUGCAGUCAUCGGAAGCAUACCUGCCGCAAUGUCGGCUGGGAUUGAGGAUUUUGCAGGCCUGUCUCCUCUUCAAAACCCCAUCACCGGUAUCUUUUCGGGCUUACCAUAUUUGGUCGCUGAAGCUAUGCUUCCAUCGGAGUAUCGUGAGAUCUUCAAAUCCAGAGAUGUGGCGAUGGAACACAAGGCGACGAAUGAUACUUUGCGCCGCGAUCUGGAGGCUCGUCUGGAUGUGCACUCACCUUGGUUUUCCCCGAUCAACCUGAACCUUCCCGACCUCCGGAAUCUUCCACAUCUUCCAGCCAAAGUUUUCGUCUAUGGAGGAGAGUUUGAUCAGUUCCGGGAUGAUGCAAUUAUCUACGGACAGUGGCUCUCCAAGUUAGCAGGGGUACAAGUCAAAACUUCCAUUCUCGAGGGCGAGGGUCAUACAGCUUGGGUAUCUCCUCCCUGGCCAGCCAGCCAUAGUCGCAAGAUCAAAGAAAUGACACUCGAUGGUAUGGCUUGGCUCCUGGACCUAGAAUGGGACAAAAGCUUGGCGGAAUCAGUUGUUUAG